AUGGAUUUGUGUACUAAAUUAGGAAAAUAUAAUCUGCUUUGUCUCUCUUCAAUUUUUUUGCUGUUGGCAUGUCUUGGAGAAUGUAGACAUGGUAAAAUAUCAAACAACCAUUACCUCGCAAUAAGCUGCCGAAAACACAGCGCACUUUUGACAGAUUUUGGAGGAGUCGGCGAUGGAAAAACAUCAAACACAAAAGCUUUCCAUUCAGCAAUUGCUAAUCUAAGCCAGUAUGCAUCAGAUGGAGGAGCACAACUAAUUGUACCACCAGGAAAAUGGCUAACUGGGGCUUUUAAUGUCACUAGUCAUUUCACUCUUUAUCUCCAAAAGAAUGCACUUCUUCUUGCUUCUCAGGAUGAAGCAGAAUGGCCCGUUCUCGCUCCAUUGCCUUCUUAUGGGAGAGGAAGAGAUAAACCUGGUGGAAGGUUUAGCAGUCUCAUUUUUGGUACACACCUCACCGAUGUGGUGAUUACAGGUAAUAAUGGCACAAUCGAUGGACAAGGAGCAACUUGGUGGAAGAAGUUCCAUAAGGGUCAACUGAAGAUUACCAGACCAUAUCUCAUUGAGUUUUUAUACUCUAAUCAGAUUCAAAUAUCCCAUAUCACUUUAAUCAACUCUCCUUCUUGGAAUGUUCAUCCCACAUAUUCCAGUAAUGUGCUGAUCCAACGGUUGACUAUUCUUGCACCAGUUGACUCUCCUAACACAGAUGGGAUUAAUCCAGACUCGUGCACGAAUACUCGAAUCGAAGAUUGUUAUAUUGUGUCAGGAGAUGAUUGUAUUGCAGUUAAAAGUGGGUGGGAUCAGUAUGGAAUCAAAUUUGGAAUGCCAACAAAGCAACUGAUCAUAAGAAAGUUAACCUGCAUUUCCCCUGAUAGUGCUGCCAUUGCUCUUGGCAGCGAAAUGUCAGGCGGAAUCCAGGACGUUAGAGCUGAAGAUAUUACAGCAAUCAACACAGAGUCUGGUGUCAGAAUAAAAACUGCAAUUGGAAGAGGAGGCUUUGUAAAAGACAUUUUUGUGAGAAACAUGAAUUUUCAGACCAUGAAGUAUGUUUUCUGGAUGACUGGAUCCUACGGCUCACAUCCUGACAAAGGAUACGAUCCAAAAGCAUUGCCUAACGUUACUCAGAUAAAUUAUGGAGACAUUGUCGCUAAGAAUGUGACUUAUUCAGCAAGACUCGAGGGGAUAGAAAAUGAUCCUUUCACUGGAAUUUGUAUUUCUAAUGCAGAGAUUACGUUGAGAGAAAAACCAAAGAAACAGCAAUGGAAAUGCACUGGCAUUGAGGGAGUUACAAGCAAUGUGACUCCUAAAGCAUGUGAUUUGUUGCCUGAGAAAAAGAUCGACUGUCCUUUUCCUGAAGAUACUCUUCCAAUUGAUAAUGUUAAACUUAGAACAUGCUCUUUGCCUUAAGCAACUAGCUAAAUUUGUAGGUUCUGUGUUUAUUAUCGGUUCUUAAUAGGAAAGAAGGAAUAAAAAUAAAUGGUUCUGAUUUGUGUCA